CAGCGGAAGGAUAUGCAGGGUAUCGGUUUCAGACGUCCAGUUGAUUCGCAGAGGCUGGCAGCUCGCAUUUGCUGUAAGGACGUACAGUAGUAAGCGAAGUGGGCACGUGGGACUCAGACCUAGCGGCAUAAAGGCUGACCGUCUGCGAAAGGCCACAGUGCAUGUCGAAUGCUCCACGGUUUUACAAAAAUGUGUCAAUUCUCGUUAGGCUCACUCGGGAACCAAUUACACUGCACGCUGAUCAAUCAGGGCCUCUGCAGUGCAAAACAGGUUUGAGCGUGACUUCUGCAAGACUUUUCACCAAGUUUCAAGCUCGGGCCGAUCCGACACUGAUCUCCCCGUGUUGACUGGAAUCGUUACGCAAGGGAAGUCGAAAACAAAUUAGUAAAAUUGUGCUUAACUUUCACGUCACCUUGCGUGUCCCGUGGGAAAUCGAAAGGACGGUGGCCGAAUCGAAGCUGGGGAACUACAGGGUAUUUUAUCCCUUAGCGUUCUGGAUGGUAUUUCCUCUGAUGCUCUGCUCAUGGUUAUUUCCGAAAGAAUUUGAUCCAUGCGGGAAGCGCCAAGGUGAAAGGUAUAACCACUGACAGCCAGGGAAGUUGUCUUCGAUCUUCGGACGUCGAUUGCGUCAGUUCCUGCAAGAAACAGGAAACGUAGCAAGAAGCAGACGCAUUGAAACAGAGUGUUCGUCUCAUCAGCUGCCCCCCCCCCUUCAUGCAAGAGGCAAGAUGACAGCGGAAGAGUAUUAUUCUUCGUAUAGUUAUUACGGGAACCUGUCCCACUUCUUCAUGGGCGAUGACAGCGUUGACUGGGUGGCGAUCGACAUUUUCAUCUUAGCGGCUGUCUUGGGGUUGCUGGGUAAUGCCAGCAUCAUCGUGGUCAUCCUCCUAAAUCGGGAGCUACGCAGGUCUCAGAUUAACGCCUUGAUCAUCCAGCUGGCCAUCGGGGACUUUCUGUUCCUCCUCUCGACGGUUCCCAUCAAGAUCGAGCACGAGAUCUAUCCUUUCUGGCAGUUUGGAACUGCCGCCUGUAAGGCAUAUCGCUUUGGGGAGACCUUGGCCAUUGGCGUGUGUGUCUACUCUAUCACGGCCUUCAGCGUCGGUAGGUUCUUGGGAAUCGUCAUGAAGAAAGGCGAACGGAACUUCACCAAAGUACUGAUAAUCACCGAGUGGCUGUUAGCUAUCACUGUCGCUGCACCGAUCAUCUUCCUGGUGACCCUUGUCGACACGCCUACCAGAAGCCACGCCUAUUGCCAGUUUUACUACGAAACGACCGCUGCACGGGUCUACGGUGUUUUCUGGUUCAGCUUCCUAUACGUCGUCCCUUUGGGCCUCAUCGCCUACACCAACAUCCUGGUCAUUAUCAAGCUCCUCCAGAGCACGAGGAAGUUUUCCGGGGAACAGGUCAAUCGCUCGCUGCUCAAACAAUUUAGGAUUCGCCGUAACCGGGCGGCCAUGUUCAUCCUGAUUACGGUGUUCUUCGCCGUCUUCUGGAUGCCGUAUUACGCGUUCCGUUUCUGGCAAUUCGUAGGAAAAGACUCAGCAGUCGGCAACCAACCCCUGAGGGUUCUUGGAAAACUCCACUACUAUGCCGCCAUAGCCAACUCUUGCUGCAACCCCUUCGUCAUGUACAUGAUGAGUUCAAAAUAUAGGAUGGCUCUCUGCUGUCGAUUGCCGGCCCACAGGAUGGGGGUGGCAUCGGGAAAUUCUAUCCGGGGAAGUCGAGCCAAAACGACUCGGUUCAGCCUCUCUGUAAGGUCCAAACAACCGGAAUAAAAAAACGACACAGAGUUCCCAGAUCCAGAUUGACAUUUAGAAACAGAAAAACUUUCCGCCGAUGUUACAGGCAGGUAUCACGUUAACAAACCGGAAGUUUGAACAGGAAAUGAACGAGACGUUUUUCGACAUUGAGCCGACGGAUUGGCCAAAAAGCCUUGGAUAAGGCAAGUCAAAAAUAAGAACAGCUUCUGGGACCAAAGUCCUACAUAUUUGCCUGGUUGUUGUCGAGGAAUAGUGUCAAAAAUCAACUGUGACUUGAAAAAAAAUCAUUUACUCAGCAUUAUUAUUCCAAAAUGAAUACACCGGCCAGCCAACUGUUUCCCUCCAAGCAUUUCUGGCUGUUAUUAGUCGGCCACGAGGAACUUCAGUCAUUGAUGCCCAUCUACUUGGCCAGAUCCCUCUCUUUGACGCCGGCAUAAGAACGCUUUUUCGGGGGGGGGAGAUCUGCAAAAACCUAUAAUAACUAGCAAACUGAUAUACCAUUAACAGUGGGAAGGUUUAAUUACAAGGUACGUUCGUGCACUGUUUUGGACUUCAACUCCAUUUGAACUUUUUUUUUUCGUUUCUCUCGUUUUUCCCCCGACUUUCAUUUUUUUCCCAAUUUUUCCAAGUUCGAAUACGACUACUCUGAUCAAGCGUGGUCGAGUGCAUUUAUUUUGAUAAGUAAAAGUGUGGGUGUGGGAAAUGAAAUGCAAAUACAAAAUACAAAGAGCAGAAAAAACAAGCUCCAUUCUGUUUUGCCGUCAUGGAAAUGUUACUGGAUCCCAAUCCUGGCCAAUGGAUCAUUUCUUGGCUUUGCCAAGUCGAUGGGAAAACGAUUUCCGAUUUCGUUUAACAGCGAUCUUUAACGACUGAGUAGGUUCGCUGCUUGAAAGCUCAGUUUAUUUCAUUUUAAUGCAAGUGUGCCCAAUAGUACCCGGUUACUGCGUUGAGCAUUUUAGUACACGUAAUUCGUUUAUCUAUAAUGAACGAUACCACAACCUGAAUGUGAGUUUCCUAAACUUGAACACGGUAAAAUUAUUCACAGUGGAACAGUGCAUUUUAGUUGUGUACAUACUUUCGAUAGAUUCCUAUACUCGAUGUCAGCUGUCGAAAACAAUUAUUUUCUAGACGAGUUUGAAGAGAGUAUAUUAUUUUACAUUCCCAGAGAUGGCAAGGGAUGUGAUUUCGACUGUGUUUUCGCGUAGCUGAUGAUGUGAAUUAUUGUGCUUGUGGGUUUAAUGGAUACUAUAGGAGCAGUUGGUGAACAGGUACAAAAGGAAAUGUUGGUUGGAGGUGAAUGAUACAUGGGGUGAGGAGACACGGUGAGAUAGGGGCGGGAGACGGGAUGAAAGUGAUUCACUUGAGGGAGUGUCAUUUCCUGUCCUUCACCUUUCUUUAAUGAAGUUGAAAUACCAUCCGAACAAGGACUGGAUUCCAAGAGCUUGGCCGAAAGUGGAUUUAUAAGUAGCGGUGGGUAGUCGAAUGGAGUGAUUUGUGAUAAGUCAGUCGAAGGGAGGGAGAAUCUAUGAAUGUCUUUUACGUCUUGGGGACAGAAUCAAAAAGGAAAGUACCAUUCGGGAGGGGAUAUCAAGACAGUGUGUUACUGACAGUGGAAGAGAGGGCAGAGGAAUGCAGAAACAACGGUGGCGUGAAAAGAGAGCGAGAUGCAGGUGAAUCUGUCAUAAAUGUCGUAAAUAUUUAGAGCACUUUAGUUGUCACCUUCCGCCGAACGCGUGCGAUGCGAACUAACUUUCGGCCAAUCACUUCUAGAAAUAUUCCUCCACCUUUACGGUUCCUUUUUUUACUCAGCGCGCGAUGCGAACUUUCCGCCAAUCACAGCAAGAAAUGUCCGAAGCAAGACACCCACCCACACUUUCACAUUUGCAACUGAAUAGCCUUUGGUGUUAAAUCUUUCAAUAAUAAUGUAGCCAGCAGUAAUCAAAUAUAGUGCUGGGCGCCAGCAUCAACUGAAUUAAUCUGGCAGGGUGUCCCCGUGCGACAAUUAAGAGUAAUUUAUCUGUCUGUUUUCAUUGCACUACUGGCAUUUUGCUAGAGAAACAUUUUGGAAAUGGUGAAGGUCGAUGGUCGGUUGAUCCAGUGAGCGAGACAGUAUGGCUGACUCUCUGAAGGAAUCCAAGGCUUCGCUCAUGCUCAAUCAUGCGCGUGUUUGUCAGCGCCCAUACCCAAAGGUCACAAUCCGCCUCAAGCAGAAGCACCCCCUCAUCGGUUGAAAAGAGGCAUGUUGGUUGGGAGUGUUCAUUUUGUUGGUGGCGACACUACCGCUACGCAUGCAUAUCAUACAGUCGAUCAUGAACUAGCCAAGUGCAUUUCCCACCAAAGGAGCCGCCAUUGCAAGGAAAAAUUGCGCCCUUUUUGGUCCCACUCUGGGCCCAUAGGUUACCUAAAUCAUGAUGAAAGGUGACAAAACUAGACCUUAGUCCAAUGUUUGCACUAAGGAGAAACCUUCCCAUCAUAGCCGACCCUUAUAAUGAAAAUUCUGUCUUUAUCCUACUUCAUUUCUGUAUCAUUAUCAAUCAUCUAUUUUAAUUCUCCUUUGAGUAGCUAGCUUUUUGUUUUGUACAUGUUAAGAUAAGUAGAAUAUAGUACAAUUAGUAGGUCUUAGAUGUAAUGAGCUAAUCGCAAUGAUGUUCUGGUGUGCCUUUCGUAUAUACUUAGGAUAAGGAGUGUUUAACUUUUGGCGAAACGCAAAGCUGUUAAAGCUAUAUUUGGGGUAUAGGCCUCUCUCUUUCUACGUCAAAGUCGUAUUUUGGUGUUCGUUUACUGAUUAUUAACCAUGACUGGAAGCCAAUACAAAGCAAAGGAAAAAUCCAUGUGUGAACCAAUCACAAGCUAUCAUCAAAAUACUACACUAUAAAAUGCCAAUACAAAAUGUGCGUUUUGAGGCAAACACUGAGCGCAACCAUAAAUUGUAAUAUUUCUCAAAUUUUUGGCCGCACAUAUGGCAAUGCUAGAGGGUCUAUUCAUGCUUUGAAAAUGAAAGUUCGUGUUAUAUAACGUACUAUACAUGUCUGUGCUACGCAAUAUAAUGUACGCACUCUUAAUAAUAAAUGAUGUAUUAUCCGAAUGAUUGUAAAUAUAAACCAGUUGGCAUCAAGCUAUCGUUCUAUUAGAAUAGGAACGUUAUGGUUUUAAGACUAUGUGGAAUUACUUAUUUCGUUUAGGUUGUGACAAGCCAAAAGUUUUCAAGCGUGUUAUCAAUGCUGUACUUGCACUGUAUUUUUAGGAACAACAUCAGCAAAUCCGAGAACUGUAGCAUUUAUUUUAUCAAAGAUAAGGGGAUAUACAGGGAGAUUAUUGACCGCAAUGGUAGAUAUGGCUUAGGCCUACAGCGUAUCGUUUUGGUCGUGCCAGAAAUACAGAUUCCAAAUUAUUGUAGGUAAAGUUUCAUUGAAAUCGUUUCCAUAAAAAAAGUGUGGGAGCAAAUCUUAAGCAUGGACUCCGAUGUAUGUAUGCCGAACAAUAUGUACACAUUUUCAAUCAUUAUUAACUUUUUAAAAUUUUGAAUUAGUGAUUUUUAGGGUAGCCAAAAAUCUUUGUGCCUCUUUAAAUAAUUCAUUACUGGUGUGUGUAAUAAGUCUACAAAUUGUUAAGUCUGUAGACAACUAGUGGGAGACUGUUUUUGAGAUUCUUGUUGGCUACAAGCACAGGUCCCUCGUGACUGGCUCCUUGUUUGUGUCAUUUUGAGCAUGCGCACACUAGCUCAAAUGGGACACAAACAGUAGAAAAGAGCAGGUAUGUCUGUAGUCACCAAGAAUCUCCGACGUCUCUCAUUCUGAUAAUUCUUUGGUUCGGUAGAGGUCAGAUUUAUGUAAUGUGGCAUUUAUGAUCUGCAUGCACAGUACUUGGCACGAAUUUGAAAUGAAUUCUUCUAGGGUGUGUAUAAUGUUCUAGGCUAUAUCCUUCUGUUAAAAACCGAAACGUGUGUACUGAUCAAAAUGAUGCAUUAAAGAUAACCAAUGGUAUUGGUGAGUGCAGUGGA